AUGCAAAAGACAAAAUCGAGGUCGAGAGAAAAUAGUAAUGGAAGUGGCAGUGGACCAUUGAAAACUCCCACAUCUUCAACUUACCCGAUAAGCACAAGUAACAGUGCGACUAACUUGUCUGUUCGGGAUUCACCGCACAUAAUGAGAAGACUGUCACAAACUUCAACCCCAACAUGCCCCUCACCACAUAUCAUGUCAACUCCAUCUUAUCAUAGCACGCCAUCGAACAACAACAGACUGCCAUCAUCCAAGACCUACAUAUCUCUGGAUAAUACUACUACCUACACCAGGCUCUCAAAGCCGAUAUUUGAGAGUAAUAAUGGGAUCAUAUAUAAGGGCCUCAUGAAGGACAAGACGCCAGUGGUAAUGAAAAGUUGGAAACUGACUUCUCUGUCGUAUGAGCUCUCAAUUCGAAACGAGUAUAAUAAUCUCAAAGCCUGCCAACAUAAAAAUAUAGUUGAAAUAUUUGACUUAAUAACUGAGGUUGAACAAGAAGAAGAAGAGGACAAGGCUGACUUGGUAGACCAACUAGAUGGGCUUGCUCUUGAAUCUGAAGGGGAUACAGUACUGAAAAAGCUGUCGAGCACUCCUCCUCCACGUAAGACUUUUUACAUGGUGUUUCCCUUUUACCAAAGAGGUGAUUUACUCAACUACCUUUCUAUUUUAAGGAAGAAUAAAAUCACACUUUCGAACACCCAUAAAGAUUGCAUAUUCAAACAAAUAUUGAAGGGUGUGAGCUACCUUCAUGGCAAAAACAUUGCCCAUAGAGACCUCAAACCUGAAAAUUUCCUAAUUGAUAACACUGGUACCAUCAAAGUUGCUGAUUUCGGCUACAGUUUGGAUUUAGAGAAUGAAAGUUCUAAAUUGCUCUUGGCUAAUAACUUUAAUGAUAUAUACUGUGGUACCCCGUCAUUCAAGGCACCUGAAUUGUUUACGAUUGAGAAACAACUCGAAGACCAAUGUCCAGAAACGAAGAUUAACAAAAUCGUCCAUGGAAUUGACUUUAAAGCAUUAGAUUGCUGGUCACUAGGCAUGGUAUAUCUCAAUAUCUCAAUAAUGCUUAUUCCAUGGACGACAGCGCUGCCUGAUAACAUUAAUUAUACCAAGUACCAACAAAACUAUCCCAAGGAGGAGAAAUUGUUUACAUCGUUCAUCAAACUGUUCGACAACAACUUGCAACACAGGAGCAUGUCAAACGAUAACCCAGCAUUGUCUUGUUUCAAGAAAUUGAAUUAUGACUGCCGUGCAUUCAUUUUAAAAUUGUUGAACCCUCAGCCACUGGAGAGAAUAACUCCACUGGAGGUUUUGAAAUCGAAAUGGUUGGUGCUGGUGUACUCAAAUCCAAAGGAAUUGAUUGAAAUAAUAGAACAAAUAAAGUAA